AUUUUGACAUAAAGUGCUUUUUUUAAAAUGAGCGAAAAUGUCCAAGGAACGUUUAUCUCUCAAAAGAUAUCAAAGAUAAGAUGGAAACGCGAAGAUUUUGCAGAAAUGAAAAACUUUUUAACCGGCAGCUGGGAUGAUCCGGUAAAUAAAAUUACAUAUUGGUCUCUUACAACAAACGAAGAUGAAGAAACGUAUCCGACUGUUACCUCCGAGUAUUCAUUUCUUGGUGAUGUUACAGAAAUAAAGUUCAUAAACAGUAACUUUUUUGUGGCAUCGUCAUCUUUAGGCUCUGUUAGAUUAUUACAAAUUCAUGAGAAUCCAUUUCCUCAAUUUAAAGAACAUAUGGCGUGGGAAUUUAUACAUAAUUUUAAAACAUUAGAUUAUGCUCCAUGUACUGCUCUUUCUAACUUUGAGCAAGAUAUAGUUUCGGUGGGCGAAGACGGUCGAAUUAAUCUUCUGACAACUACACAACAGAAACCAGUUAGAACAAUUGAGAAUGCAGAUAGCUGCUCUAUCUAUUGUGUUGAUUUUUUACGACAUAGUGAAAUAUUAACAGGCAAUUUACGAGGACACAUGAAAGUUUGGGAUUUGAGAAAUGAUCAGGAUACUCCUGCAACUACUUUUAUGCUUUCAGAACAGAUCAAAACCGAAGCCAUGAGUAUUGCACAUCAUCCUACACAAAGGCACAUAAUAGUUGCAGGUGGAGGUGAUGGUAGUUUGACUGUAUGGGAUUUAAGACAUCAUACUUACCCUAUAUCGCAGCUUAAUGCUCAUGCAAAAGCAGUCAGUGAAAUUAUGUUCCAUCCAGACAGACCAGAAAAUUUGUUUACCUGUUCAACCAGUGGUGAAUUGUGGCAUUGGAAUAAUACACAGAAUUCAAAACUUAGAUUAGAUUCAACAGAUACUCAUUGGUUGAAUACAAUAGGAACGAAUGGUAAUAUUAAUGUUACAUCGCUUUGUUGUGUUAUGCAUAAACCAAUAAAUAGUAUUGACAUUGAUAAAACAACUUUACUAUUUGGAUGUGAUAAUGAAGCUAUGUAUAUUAUUAAAAAUGUAGCCAUAUAACAAUUUGAUAGAAUAAAUACUUCUUUCCAUA